ACCAGGGAGUAAGUAGGAGAAGUUGAGAGGUGGCGCCUAGGAGGGAGCCAGGGGCCAGGACCACGGUUGGGACGCUGCGGUGGUCGUGCAUGCUUGGUGGGGGCCCGGGGCAUCAGCUAGAACUGGAGGGAGGCAGAGCUGGAGGGGAGGUCCAUUCCCCCCCUGAAAAAGGUCCACAUGAACGUCAAGAUCACAGCCAGUGGCCCUGGAGGCUGCAACCCCUGUGACCCAGUUGUGGGACAGGCCUGUCCUGCUCCUGGGAAAAUCCGAGCCUGGGGCGACGGGCCUCCUUACCAGGGGCGCACACUCCUUUCUAACACACCGACCAAGUGCGCCGCGGGGCUGCUGCGGGACUCCGGGAGCAGAGCAGGUGCAACCGGAGGUAUGAGUAUUCUCCAGGAAAAGGAUGAUAUAUUUUUGGACCUGAAAAAGAAAUUUUGGAAUACAUACAAGAGCGGUCUGGUGUACUGGCCUUUUGUGCAGCUCACCAACUUCAGCCUGGUUCCUGUUCACUGGAGGACAGCUUACACUGGACUUUGUGGUUUUCUGUGGGCUACAUUCCUCUGCUUUUCGCAACAGAGUGGCGAUGGCACGUUCAAGUCUGCUUUCACCUUCCUUCAUGUGAAGGAGGCCAAUGCACUUGAGAGAUCCCCUAAGAAAUGAGAAGCCAAGGACUCCCUGACAACGAUUUCCUUUCCUUUCCUUUCCUUCCUUCCUCCCUCCCUCCCUCCCUCCCU